UCUAUGCCUAUGCCUUUUUAACUGGAAAAACAUUACUUUUCAAUGAAUUCACACGAGUGGGUCUAAUUUUGUUUACUAAAAAAGAAUGAAUAAAUAUAAUGGAGAGUUAAAACGUCACUUUGCUGUUAUUGCAUUAUUCCCACGAAUGUGUUCAUUUACGAUAGUAACAAUUUUAAAUGGCUAGCGUAGUUCUGAUUAGGGGUGGGGGAGGGUUGUUAAAUAUUUCACAAUAAAGAAUUAAUGAUUGAUUAGUUAGGCCAUAUAGAUCUACGCCUACUACAAAUGGUAGUGAAUUAGACUUGAGUUCUUUCAACUAGGCUAGUCUGGAAGCUACUCUGUUUAAACAAACAGCGAAAUUCCGAUUCUAAUAAUAGAAUCCCCAAAGAAAAUGGCGACGAAACUUACCGGGCUAGACAAAAACAAUAAAUAUGACCGACAGUUGAGACUCUGGGGAGACCAUGGACAAGCAUCUUUGGAGACAUCUAGAGUCUGCCUAAUUAAUGCAUCUGCAACUGGCACAGAAAUUAUGAAAAAUCUGGUUCUGCCAGGUAUUGGCUCUUUCACAAUAGUUGAUGGAAACAAAGUUCAAGGGGAAGAUGUUGGAAACAAUUUCUUCUUAACUGUUGAUUCAAUUGGUAAAUCACGGGCUCAGACUGCCACAGAGUUACUCAGUGAACUCAAUGAGGAUGUUUCAGGAGAUUUCUUAGAAGAAAAUGUGGAUGACCUCAUUGAGAAAAAUCCCUCAUUUUUUUCAUCAUUCACUGCUGUGAUUGCAACCCAGCUUUCUGAAAAAACUUUGCUAGAGCUUGGUAGAGUUUUGUGGGAAAGAAACAUACCUCUAAUUAUCUGUCGCUGCUAUGGUUUUAUUGGGUACUUAAGAAUUGUCAUCAAAGAGCACACUGUGAUAGAGUCGCAUCCUGAUAACACCCAUGAAGAUCUUAGACUAGACAGGCCUUUUGCAGGACUGAAGAAUUAUUGUGACUCUCUAGACCUCACAGCUAUGACUAAAAAGGAGCACAGUCAUACACCAUGGCUGGUUUUGUUGUACAAAUUUCUAGAAAUCUGGAAAGAAAAGAAUAAUGGAAAACUACCCUGCAACUAUUCCGAGAAAAAUUCAUUAAAAGAACUUUUAAAAGGAGGCAUGAGAUGCAAUGAGGAGGGUAUCCCGGAAGAUGAAGAAAAUUUUGAUGAAGCAAUAAAGAGUGUCAAUUCAAGUCUCCAUGCAACUUCAAUACCUUCUGAGAUUCAAGCUCUAUUUAAUGAUCCUGCUUGUCUCAAUCUCAAUUCAGAGAGUAAAAAUUUCUGGAUUUUGGUUCGCGCAUUAAAAGAAUUCACAGAGAAUGAAGGGAAUGGUUCCCUGCCCCUGCGUGGUUCCAUCCCUGACAUGACUUCUGACUCUGAGCGCUAUAUUCAGCUACAGACUGCGUACAGGGACCAAGCAGAAGUUGAUGCUGCAGCUGUCACCAGGCAUGUUCACUCCCUGCUACACAGCAUCGGUCGGGAGGAACCUCUGGACCCUGAUCCAACUCGAAAGCCUGGAACUAUAACAGAUUCUGAAAUAAAGACAUUUUGUCGCAAUGCUGCAUUUCUGAGGAUUCUCAGAUGUCGCAGUCUACAGAAUGAAUAUGAGAUUGCUACUGCUAACAUUGAGGAGCUGGGACGUCACAUGAUGGCAGAAGAGGAAGAUCCUAGUGAUGAAGGAGAUGAUACUGUGCUCUAUAUUUUACUGCGAGCAGCUGAUAAAUUCUUUGCAGAGUACAACAGAUACCCAGGCUAUUUUGACAACACAGUUGACGCUGAUAUUCCCAAGCUUAAGACAUGUUUAAACAAGCUUAUUCAUGACUGGGGACUGAAUUCAACUAUUAAGGAUGAUUAUGUCCAUGAAAUAUGUAGAUAUGGAGCUUCAGAGUUACACACAAUAUCUGCAUUCAUGGGUGGUGUUGCUGCACAAGAAGUUAUCAAGGUGGUGACUGGGCAGUUUCUACCAAUUAACAACACAUUCAUUUAUAAUGGGCAGCGACAGACUUCCACCACUGUUAUUUUAUAAUUUAAAAGUUAAUUUUAUUAAAAUGUAGAAAUAAAUGUAAGAAAUAAGC